UUUUGCUUGCAUUAAUUAAAUGUUAUCUGGACUUUUGAAUCAAUCUUUCCCAGCCACUUAAAGAAGAAGAGACUUCCGAACCCCUCAGCAGGAUGAACAAGACCAAGGGAGCUUUUGGUAGCCCAGAACUUUGGAGCGCAGGCUGCAUGCAGAGCAGCACCUCCCUCACCAGUCUGGCACCACCCUUUGCAUUUGGACAGCAGGCUAUGGACACAGCCCUGAAUGUAAUCCUAAUCGGGGUCCUCCUCGUCAUCAUGGUGUCCCUGGGAUGUACAAUGGAGAUAGCCAAGAUCACAGCUCACCUCAGAAGACCUAAAGGUGUGGCAAUAGCCAUAACAGCUCAGUACAGCAUCAUGCCCUUGACAGCAUUCACACUGGGCAAGCUCUUCCAGCUGGGCACCUCAGAAUCCCUGGCCAUCCUCAUCUGUGGCUGCUGCCCUGGGGGAAAUCUCUCCAACAUCUUUAGCCUGGCGCUGAGAGGGGACAUGAAUCUCAGUGUUGUAAUGACCGCGUGCUCCAUGGUCCUGGCGAUUGGAUUAAUGCCACUGCUUCUGUACCUUUACUCGGGAGGACUCUAUGAGGGUGAUUUGGAGGGCAAGGUACCUUACAAAGGAAUAAUCACUUCCCUGGUGCUGCUGCUAAUCCCCUGCGCCAUCGGCAUAAUCUUGAAUGAGAAGAAACCACAGUACACUGGCCUUAUCACCAAGGCAGGAAUGGUCAUGCUUCUAAUGUCAUCUGCUGCUAUAAUUGUUCUGUCUGUGGCCAAUAUGGGAAGCUGUAUCAUGGUUGUCUUCUCACCAUCUCUCCUGGGAACUUCUGCCUUAAUGCCCCUUACUGGAUUUCUGCUGGGCUACGCUGUCUCUGCAGUCUUCAAGCUUGAUGACCGGUGCAGGCGGACAGUGUGCAUGGAAACUGGCUGCCAGAACGUACAGCUUUGCUCAGUUAUCCUCAAGGUCGCCUUCGCCCCAGAGAUCAUUGGCCCCCUGUACUUCUUCCCACUGCUCUACUUGCUGUUCCAGCUUGGAGAAGGAUUUCUGCUCAUCCUGGUCUUUCGGAUCCAUGAUAGAAUAAAGCAAGCCAAUGGCAAGUACAGCUUUGCUCCUUUAUUUCUUAUACCUUCCAAGCCAAACCAUACAUGCUCACAAUGUAACUGCAGAUGAAUCGCUGUUUUAUAAGGCAGAAUCCAGUUGCUGUUUAACUAGGGAUUACAUACCCAACAUAUUAGAUUCCAAUCAGAGUCAAAACUUCAGAGGUAACUGAAGACCUUAGAAAUUCAAUGGAUUUUUUGCAUCAGCAGGAUGUUUCAUACAGCUACAUACUACCGAAACUAUCAGUGCUGUCUGCCGCUUUAAGCCACAGCAGACACCCUGUUGAAGUCAUGACCUGCACUGAGCAUGUGCAAAGAACAGGGGUGUUUGCAUGUGGCUAAAACUACACAAAAAACAUCACGUAGUCUUUAAUGCAACGAAUCCCAGCUUUACUUCAAGCUGUUAAGUGAUUUCCUGAGAGGACAGAACUGCCAAAUACUUCAGCCAAAGGAAGGAAACAUUUAGAUCUUUUGCUAGAAAAGUACAUAGAGAUUGAAACUUCGUUUUAAAAUAUAUACAAUGCUGGCAUAGAUGUGAAAUACUCUUCUCCAACUCCAGCAGGUCCCUAAUUCCAAAGCUCAGCUGACUGCACAGAUGACUGAUGGAUGCACUGCUGAAUGAGAUCCUCCACCCACCACCCCUCUGAUGCUGCCAGUCCAGCUUUUCUCCGCUGCCUUGAGAGAGAUGCAGCCAAGUAGCUGCUACAGACCUGCUUCAGGAUCACUUUAGCAUACCUUACAGCUGUGCUGGAGGACAGCUUAAUGGGGGAAAUAUCCCACCCAUUUGGAUCCUUGGGUGUGUGUUCAGAGCAAAGCAGUUGCUACGGGAAACACACAUGCAGGUGUUGACAAGACUACUAUAACAAAAGGGUUGCAUUCCAGCCUCUGGGUUAUAAAUGAGUGGAAACAAAAUGGAUUCAGUCUUUUGGCAGGAAUCCUUUCCUCUUGUUUUAAAUGACCCAGUAAUUAUAGUUGUAGCUGUCACAAUCUUCCCCCAACCUGGUUUCAGAAUUGCCUAGUCUCACAUUUUUCUCUUUCCUCAGAAGCAGCAAAAAAAAUCUGUGCAGGUGUAACUACAUUUAGUGCUGAAGAAAUUAUCAGUGUCAAGACAUUGCAGAAAACAGUGGAAAACCAGGAGAACAAUACAUGAAUUCUGCAGCAGUUGCUCUCCAACAACCCUCCAGCCAGCUCAUAGGUCUCCAGCUGCUCUGUCGAAGACUUACCUAUAUGCUCAUUUCACAGCAGCCACAGAGCCACCUGCAACCACACUGCUAUUCCCCAAAGACCUUGCUCCAGACUAAGCCUUACUCUGUCAGCCCAGAAAGGAGGAGACUUUCCAUCUUCAAAGUCAUUCUGACAACCCUUUGGGACAGCUGAAGAACAUGCCAAGUGACUGUCCCAGUUUUACCUGUAAGAAAAUCACUGCCUGCAUCAGUUCCCUUUCUAAAUUUCACUUACCUGUAACUCCUGCUGGCACACAAUGGAAGCAGAUCCUGAUGGCACCACUGUAAAUUCACGUUAUUUCUCUAACAGACCCAGAACGAGCUGUGAAAAUUUCUCCAUGCAGAAGCCAGUGAGAUUCAAUGCACAGCCAAGCAGCCCAUGGGCUGUUGGUUUCUCCCAUUCUCCAACAGGUACCAUGUGGUACCAACACCCAAAGCAGAAGCCACACAAACCACGAUCAUGGCUAUACAAACUGCCUUUGUGAGCCGAGUUGGGGCCCAGCAAGCUGUACCUCUAAAACCAGAUGAACCUUAAAUGUGCCUUCUUUUUUGCAGUCAGUGAACUCAACACCACACCUGUUCUAGACACAACCUAGGUAUGGUCACACUACACUACUACAGUAGCACAAAAGACUGGCAUUUACAUCCCCAGUGUCCAGACUACGCCUUGUAACCCAAAGUAAUUACUCUUAAUUAAGAAUAAA